CAGGCCGGGAAGGCCCGGGGCGUGGCUGGCGGAGGGGCCAAGCCGCCCCUCUCAGCGAGGGCGGGCCGCGCGCGCCUUUAAAUGCGCUGGGGCCCGAGAGCUGCCGAGAAGGAGCGGGCGCCUCAGAGGUCCGCGCGCCGGGUAUGUCCCUGUGGCCCCGCGGCCCGCCCGCCUGAGCCGCCCGCGCAUGUGGCCGCGCGCCCGGCCCUGUCCCCUCCGCAAGCGGCUGUCGCCCGGCCCCGACCGGUCCCCAGUGCUGCCGCCCGCCCCCGGUGCCGCCGCUAUGCCGGCGCGCGCACUGCUCCUGACCGCGCUGGCUGCGCUGGCGCUGGCCCGGGAGCCCCCAGCGGCGCCGUGUCCUGCGCGCUGCGACGUGUCGCGGUGCCCGAGUCCCCGCUGCCCCGGCGGCUACGUCCCCGAUCUGUGCAACUGCUGCCUGGUGUGUGCGGCCAGCGAGGGCGAGCCGUGUGGCCGCCCUCUCGACUCGCCCUGCGGGGAGAGCCUGGAGUGCACGCGGGGCGUGUGCCGCUGCCGCUGGGCACACGCUGUGUGUGGCACCGACGGGCACACCUACGCCAACGUAUGCGCGCUGCAGGCGGCCAGCCGGCGCGCGCUGGAGCUCUCGGGGACCCCCGUGCGCCAGCUGCAGAAGGGCGCCUGCCCAUCGGGUCUCUACCAGCUGACCAGCCCGCGGUACAAGUUCAACUUCAUCGCGGACGUGGUGGAGAAGAUCGCGCCGGCCGUGGUCCACAUAGAGCUCUUCCUGAGACACCCUCUGUUUGGCCGAAACGUGCCCCUGUCCAGUGGCUCGGGCUUCAUCAUGUCAGAGGCUGGCUUGAUCAUUACCAACGCCCAUGUGGUGUCAAGCACCAACACUGUCUCUGGCCGGCAGCAGCUCAAGGUGCAGCUCCAGAACGGUGACAGCUACGAGGCCACCAUCAAGGAUAUCGACAAGAAGUCAGACAUCGCCACCAUCAAGAUCCACCCAAAAAAAAAGCUGCCGGCACUGCUGCUGGGCCGCUCGGCAGACCUGCGGCCCGGCGAGUUCGUGGUGGCCAUCGGCAGCCCCUUUGCCCUGCAGAACACCGUGACCACAGGCAUCGUCAGCACGGCCCAGCGGGACGGCAAGGAGCUGGGCCUCCGGGACUCAGACAUGGACUACAUCCAGACGGACGCCAUCAUCAACUACGGGAACUCCGGGGGACCACUGGUGAACCUGCGGCCUGCAGGCGCUGAGUGGGAACCACAGCCCCAGCAUGGGUGUUCUCUGUGCCUGGGCUUCAUGCUGGAGGACGGAAAACAGGUGCACACCAGGCUAUGUCUGGUGACCCAGGCUGUGGCAUUGAGGGGGUGCAAGGACGGCGAGGUCAUUGGCAUCAACACGCUCAAGGUGGCCGCCGGCAUCUCCUUCGCCAUCCCCUCCGACCGCAUCACACGCUUCCUCGCAGAGUUCCAGGAUAAGCACGUCAAAGAUUGGAAGAAGCGAUUCAUCGGCAUACGGAUGCGGACCAUCACAUCGAAUUUGGUGGAAGAACUAAAGGCCAGCAAUCCAGACUUCCCAUCAGUCAGCAGUGGGAUUUACGUGCAAGAGGUUGUUCCAAACUCACCUUCCCAGAGAGGGGGAAUCCAAGAUGGCGACAUCAUUGUCAAGGUCAACGGGCGCCCUCUGUCAGACUCGAGCGAGCUGCAGGAGGCCGUCCUGACUGAGUCCCCUCUGCUGCUGGAGGUGCGGAGGGGCAAUGAUGACCUCCUGUUCAGCAUCGCGCCAGAGGUGGUCCUGUGAGUGUGGGAGCCCACGUCGCUGAGUGCCAGAGCCUGCAUUCCAGGACAGGUGCUAACCCAGAGGUCCCAUCCAGAGCUGCUGCCUCCCACAGGGUCAGGACGAAGGACCAUGGAUGGUCCUCAACAGAGCCGCUGGCCUCCUCGUGGCUAUCCAGGGGCAGAGUCACAGGCAGGGUUUGGCCAGGGACCCACCUCAGCCUUCGGGAAAGUUGGCUUCCAGAUCACAGUACCACGGGGCAGCAGGAUAUCCCCCUCAUACAGAUGCUCCUGAGGGCCACCUUCCAAGUGCCCAGGAUAUUUUGAACAUUCCUUUGGAGCUCCCCGCAAGUCCCAGCCUUUACACCUGUCCAACCUCUGUCUAAAUGCCCAACCUGCUCCUACCCCACCCUCCCCUCCGAGUCUCCUGCUCAGGUCAGUGCCCCAACCCAUCCUCCCCUUGGAAGGCCUCCCAGCUCCUGCCCCAGACCCCAUGGUGCCCAUCACACUGAAUGACCAGGGCUGUGGCAUCCACCAGCUGGAAGCCCUGGAGGGCGGCCAUGUCUGACCACCUUGGGGAAUCAAAUGUGGGCACCUGGCUCAGAGCAGGCCCCGAGGGCAUGUCCCCUGGCUUCCCAAGCCAAGCCCUGUGGCUGGUGAUGAUGUCACCUUCUGGGGUGGAACAGAGACUGGCCAGGAGCAGAGUGUCUGACACCAUCUGGAAGGCUGCUCGUCCCCCGCCAGAGGUGACCAGAGGGUGCUGGGCAGAGGAUGCCUCCUGAUAGGGGUGGGGUUGCAAGGACUGAGCCGGCUUCGCCUCCCCUGUGCCGCUCUGUGCAGGGGCAUGGACUCACGGAAUCACCCCUAGAGCGGCAGGGGGGCAAGUGUGUGGUGAGGUGUACAUGUGAGCUUUGCUGUACAAUGGAUUCCCUGUGUUGCUUGUACUGUAUGUUUCUCUACUGUAUGGAAAUUAAAGUUUACAAGCACA